AUGUUGCUUCUGCAUUUGCAAGAGCUUAAUGUGGGAGAUCUUAAUGGGCCAAUCAAAGACAUUCAAGAGGAAGUUGACCUCCUUUUGCAAGAGGUGGAGCUAAAAUGGUGCCAAAGGGCCAAGCAACAGUGGUUAAAAUGGGGAGAUAGGAAUUCUAAGUUUUUUCAUAAGUGUGCCUCUCACCGAAGGAAGGUCAAUAUGAUUAAUAGGAUUAUAGAUGAGAGGGGAGUUUUGGCUACUACUUAUCGGGCAGUAAGCAAGGCGUUUCAGUCUUACUAUCAGAACUUGUUUACUUCUUCAUCUCUUUCUUGUUGUGAGGAAAUGGUGCAGGUUGUGGAUAAAGUCAUUACUUCUGAGAUGAACAGGCAGCUGAUGAAGAGAUGCUCUUUGGAGGAAGUAAGACGAGCAGUCUUUGAUAUGAAUCCUUAUGGCUCUCCUGGGCCAAUGGGUUCUCAGCAAGUUUCUAUCAGGAUAACUGGCUUGAUACUUAAACAGUUUCUGCCUUCUAUUGUUUCUCCCUCCCAGAGUGCUUUUGUACCCAGGAGAUUAAUAAUUGAUAGUAUCAUUGUGGCCUAUGAUGCGAUGCAUUCAAUGAAAAAUAGAAUGAGAGGCAAGAGGGAAGGGUAUAUGACACUAAAGCUAGAUAUAAGUAAGGCCUAUGACAGGAUUGAGUGGGUUUUUUUGGAAGCUGUCUUACUUAAAAUGGGGUUCAGUGAGGAGUGGACUGCAUUGGUUUUACAGUGUGUAAGCACAGUUAAUUACUCCAUUAUGCUUAAUGGAAGACCUUUGCAAAAAUUCCAUCCAAUGAGGGGUCUGAGUUGUAACACAAGGAGUGAAGCAAAGGAGGGUAUUUUGGCAGCUGCAGGUCUGGUGGAAGCCAAGUCUUAUGAGAAGUAUCUAGGCCUUCCAGCUUAUGUGGGAAAACAAAAAUUGAAUGCUUUUAAACCUGUUUUGGAUAGCAUAAGGGCAAGAAUGCAAAGUUGGUCAGUGAGGUUCUUAUCUCAGGCAGGGAAGGAGGUCUUGCUUAAAUCUGUUGUGCAAGCUAUUCCCACCUAUUGUAUGAGCAUCUUCAAACUCCCUAAAGCAAUUUUGAAUGCAAUUAACUCUUUAAUGCAUAAAUUUUGGUGGGGAAUGAAAUGGGACAGAUCUAAAGUUAAAUGGAUUCCUUGGAAAAUUUUGGGCAUAUCUAAAGAAGAGGGAGGACUUGGCUAUAGAGAUUUUGAGAAGUUUAAUGUGGCUCUCCUAGCUAAGCAAGGGUGGAGACUCUUAAAGCAUUCAGAUUCUCUAGCUGCAAAAGUGUUAAAGGCAAAAUAUUUUCAUAGAACUGGUUUUAUGAAGGCAAAAGUGGGUAGCAACACCUUUUACUUAUGGAGGAGUUUUAUUGCAGGUAGAGAGGUUUUAAGGGAAGGAAUGUUCUGGUGUAUUGGCAAUGGUGACUCAGUCAAAAUAUGGCAUGAUAGGCACAAUGGAGAUAGAGGAUCAAGGUCAAUCCUCCUAUUCUGUCCAAAAGAACAAAAUCUGGUCCAAACUUUGGAAGCUGGGAGUCACUAUGCAGAUAGAAUGCUACUUUGGAGGGCUUGUCAUGAGUCAUUGGCCACAAAGUUUAAUCUUUUUAAGAAGAGGAUAGUUGAUUCGUCACAAUGUCCAGUCUGUAAUCAAGAGCCAGAGUCUGUUAUGCAUGCUCUAUGGUCGUGCAACUCAGUACAGGAUGUGUGGGGCAUGAGUUUAAGGAAAUUGCAGAAAAGAACAGUUAUGGAUAGUACUUUUAAGGAGUUAUGGAUGCACUUAAUUUCUGUGCUGGAAGAUGAUGAACUUGAUGAAUUUGCAGCAACUAUUUACCAGAUUUGGAAGAGAAUGAACAUCCUAGUUUUUGAAAACAAGUUUUGGGACCCAGGGAAGAUAGUAGAGGCUGCCCGAAAUGCUGUUUCAAAAUUCAGGACAGUAAAUGAGACCUCUAAUGCUAUUCAGGUAGGAAUUAACCAAAGUGUUUCUAGCUGGAGCCGUCCACCAUUGAAUGUCUUCAAAGCCAAUUGCGAUGCGGCUGUUGAUAAAGGAAGGAGUAAGAUUGGAGCAGGUGUAGUGAUCAGGGAUUGGGAGGGAAGAGUGGUGGCUUCUUUGAGUUCACCAAAAUAUUUUUUUUCAGAUGCUCAUCUAGCAGAAACCUAUGGAGUCGUGAAAGCAGUCCUUUUGUGCAAACAGUUGGGUAUUAAACAGGUUAUUUUUUAG